AUGUCUUUCCCAUCGCUUUCACUUCCUUCCUCAAGAAAUCCUUUUCUCUCCCAUUUUUUUAUACCUCACAGGGCUUUUGGUUCUUGGCUAUUGAGUAAAGGAUUGCUCCAAAGUACAUCGGCAAGAUUUCAAAAAAUGAAGACGCGGUCGUUCUGCUUGCCACUCUUGGAUCCUCUUUUACCGCCACCUCUCCUUAAUUGUGGCCGAGUCACCACUCACCCGCUUGACUACCCCGUUUAUGCGAUUUUUUCUUUGUUCUUGUACGCUCGUUUCCUCUGCCAGCACCACGUGCUUCGUUUUUCCGCCCAGAUCGUUGCCUCCUUCAUAAGCUGGUCAACUUGUUGCCUGCCUGUUCUCCAAGAAGAUUGGUUGCGGCUUUUUGUUCGAUAUUCGAGGUCAACCUAUUGGACUAAGUUAACAUGUCGAGUACCCAAAUAAUGGAUAUCCAGAAAUAAGAUUACAAGCAGAUGGGAUAUGUCAUCUAUAAAUUGAUUGCGUUCUUGAUUUUCAUGAAAUAUGUAAUGAUGGAGAUGGACUUCUACCUUCCAUUUUGAUGGUUUGUUUCAAUUCCUGCUUUUUAAAUUCGUUUAUAUUUUUAUUAAUUAGUGUUGGGUUUUGCCACAUGUCAAGAAGCUAUCAACCAUAAAAGUGUUUAUUUUGUCCCAACUUUUUUGAGAAUUUGGUACUAUGCGCAAGUAUAAGAGCAAUUUUGUGAUUACAUAUCGUGGGCGGAUAUGUAAUUCAUUAUUCUGUUGGUUAUAGCUAUGCAAAUUGAUAUCUUUGCGACAGCACACCAAGGAAUGCAUUUCGUUUUCCUUAAUCUUGGGUAAAGCUUAGUCGGUAAGUAGUGGUGAAAAGAGAACUGAUGGUGGCAUGAGGGUUGUCUGGCGUGUGGGGGUGUAUGUGUAAUUGAAGGGGAAAUGAAACGGCAUGAUGGAUGGUGCUACACCUAAAACACACCAAAGAUGAGGUGGCCAUUUGUAUAGUAAUCUCUCCGCUCCUUGACACUUGCUUUAUAUUGUAUAUCCUUGUAUUUCGACCUUAUACAGAUUUGUCUAUAUAUAAACCAUCUUGGAAAUUAUCCUAAAUGAAAAGAAGUGGCAAUGUACUUUCAUUUCUUUGUGUGUUGUAGCAUUUUACACAUGUUUUCUUUUCAAUUAUAGCAUCC